ACGACCAGUGGUGAGCUGAAAAUCCCAGUCGUAUUGAUACCUGAAAGUAUGCAUGUAUUGGAUUCACUGUCCCAGAAGAGGUCGUAGGCUAAGUCGAUGGUCUGUCAGAUGAGCUGCGCGAUUCAGACACGUGCUGCUGACAAGCUAAACUCCAAGUCGCUGAACUGAACGACUAUGUGCUGAGAUCACUUAGAAGGCAAGUAAGUUGCGAAUCGAUAAAGCCGAUCUGCGCAUUCGUCCACAUGCUUCUAGCGCGGAACAUUCCGUGCCUCGGCUCGCGAUUAGGCAAUGCACCUGAACCUUCGCAAGGGAUGAGGUGUCAUAUGCUGACGAUUGGUGUACAAGAACGUGUCCGCUCCUUCCUGUCGUUCAUUACAUCAACAGCUGCCUUCUGGCAUGGUCACAAUGGCGCAGACGGCUAGCAUCGUCGUUGCGGGCGCGUCGAUAGCAGCACUCGUGUCGCAACCUGCGCUGAGAGGCAACCUGAUGGCUAUGCUCGCCAAAUGGACAGGAUACAACGCGCCCGGAGGUGUGUGGAGGAUAGCAGCGAUUCUUCUCGCAUUAGCCAACCUCAAGAAUUUGCCGUUCGUAUGGCAUCUACGCUUCAUUCGUGCCUUCUUCUAUCAGCUCUAUCUCCAACCGACCCCGAUCCCUCCGCAUGCGCUCUUCCAACCGAUCAUAACCUCGACCCGCACUACGCUCCUCGAAACAGACUACAACAUGCACAAGUCCAACAGCACUUACUUCAGCGACAUGGACAUAUCACGUACACAUCUCUUCACUGCACUUAUCCGUAACGGUAUCAGGAAGAACAGUCGUCUCUAUGGCGCCAAGAAGAAUGCAGUAGCAGGAGCAGUAGGUGCAACUGAAGGCACACGGGGUAAGCACAUGAUCGCGCUAGGUGGCAUAAGCUGUCUGUUCAAGAAAGAGAUACUGCCGUACAAGAAGUACGAGAUGUGGACAAGACUCCUCUGCUGGGACAGGAAGUGGUUCUAUCUAGUCACACAUCUAGUUAAGCCCGGUGUAGGACAACCAGAGAGCUGGACACUGCAACCUUGGAAGAAGUCUAAGAGCAACAAGGACGUGGAUCUCGAAAAGCUGAAGGGCGCUGUAUAUGCAACUGCGAUUGCAAAGUAUGUUAUCAAGAGAGGCAGAAUUACAGUCCCACCUGAGCAGGCGCUGAUCGAUGCCGAUAUGGUCCCAAUGAAGCCAGAAGGCUGGGUCUAUCAGGGACAAGUACCUGAAGAAUAUGAAGCGAAUGGCGAUGUUCUGCCUAAGGCUGUCGAGGCGAAGGAUUGGAACUGGGACGUUAUCGAGGCAGAGCGACUAAGGGGCUUGAAGGUGGCUGAGAACUUUGCAGCAAUGGACGGCAUGCACGACUUCUUUGAUGGCGGAAAGGAUGGGGUUUUGGGAGAAUAUCCGGAUUUGUUAUUCUGAUUGGGGUUGAUUCACUAGAGAGAGCUUGAUACCCUAGAUCUAAAGGCAGGCUUGCGACAUAGAACGGCGAGGCUGAUGUGAAAACGUACUUUGGAAAGCCGAUAGGCAUUAUGACAUUUACAUGGGUAAUCUUCUCACGCA